UCCAUUAUCAAUUCCUUUUGUCAGCAUGCCUGCAAAAAGCAUCUUACGUCACAGUCAUUACAGGCUCUAUAAAAGCCAGUGUAAUGCAGAAUCACUGCGCAAUUGACACGGCUACAUCUCAAGACAUACUGUAGAGCAGAUUGUCUCAAGUCAUGACUUCCUCCGGCUUCGACCUUUAUUUCCCUUCUACCUACAAGAGGAGAGUGGUUGUGCGAAGCGCAGGAUAUGGAUCUAGUGGAGGUACAGAGUCAAGGGCUGCCUACGCCAGUCACUCUGCCCCGCCAUCUUAUGCAUCGUCAUACAGAAAUUUUCCAACACACAGUCGAGCUACCGCCAGUUCUUUCCUGCUCUCUACUCCGGGGUCGACAGUUGCCACCGAGCUCCGCCUUGACCAAGCAGCACAAGUCACCUCUGAAUUCAAACGAAUAAGGACCCAGGAGAAGGCUGAGCUGCAAGACCUCAAUGACCGCUUUGCAAGCUUCAUUGAUCGGGUCCAUGAACUGGAGCAACAGAACAAAUUUCUGGAGACUGAACGCCUGCUGCUCAGGCAACGCCAAACAGAGCCAUCGAAUCUGCGGGCCGUUUAUGAUCACGAGAUCCGCCAGCUGAAUGCUGCAGUGGACGAGGCCCGUCAUGAAAGACAAGCUGCCGAACACCACAGAGAUGACAUGGAGCGCUUGCUGAAGAACCUUCAAAAGCGCUAUGAGGAUGAAGUUCUAGGUCGGGAGGAAGCAGAGGGCAGGCUUAUGGAUGCCAGGAAGGAAGCAGAUGAAGCAGCCAUGGAGCAAACUGAACUGGAGAAAAGAGUUGAAAUCCUGUUGGAUGAGCUGGCCUUCCUGAAGCGUCUCUGCGAGAGUGAAAUUGCAGAACUCCAGGCCCAAAUACAAUACAGCACCGAGGUGUCAGUGGAGAUGAACGUUGUUAAACCUGACCUAUCAGUCGCUCUGCGGGACAUCCGAGCCCAGUAUGAGACGUUGGCACAACGCAAUCGGCAGUCAGCAGAGGAGUGGUUCUGCAACAAGAUGAAUGUGAUGGCGGUAGGCACCGCUCGCAAUACAGAGAGUGUGCGUAAUGUCAAAGAUGAAGCUGGUGAAUAUCGCAGACAGCUCAAAAAUAGGACGUUGGAGAUUGAUGCCGGCAGAGAGAUAAACCAAGCUCUGGAGAACCAACUGCUGGAAGUGGAGGAGAAACAGAGUGCUGAGAUUUCUGCACUGCAGGAUGCAAUUAAGCAACUGGAGGAAGAAUUGAGAGCAAACAAGAAUGACAUGGCCCGCUACUUGAAAGAUUAUCAGGAUCUUUUGAAUGUGAAAAUGGCUUUGGAUAUUGAAAUUGCAGCCUACAGAAAGCUGCUCGAAGGAGAAGAGAACCGCUUAGAUCGCUGUGACCAGAGGUCCUCUCUUGUUUACUCUCAAACCAUGUUUGCUGGUGCACCUCCUGGAAGAACUGUGGUCUCCAUGCAAUCCCAAAUGCAUUCUGCUGCUCCAUACCUACUGGCCCCCCGCUUGUAUAGAUCAACAAUCCCCACUGAGGAGAAAAUAUCUGCAAGUGAUGCACAGCAAGCGGAGGCAAGACCCCCUCAAGAAGAAGAGGACAAAACAAAGGAGGAGGGAGGGGGAGAUGAAGAAGAGGGAACAGAUGAAGCUGAGGGGGAAGAGGAUGAGGCAGAGGAUUCACCCAAAGAAGAUGACGAAGAAGAAGAGAACAAAUCUGGUCAGGAAGACGAUGGCGAGGAUGGCGAGGAUGGUGAAGAUGAGAAGGAAGAAAGUGAAAAGGAAGUGGAUGAAGAGGCUGAUGACAAACAUGGCAAAACAGAGUAGCCUACUGUUUCAUGUUUGCAUACGACUGAAGCAAGUCCUAUCUGUUGCAUGCAUGUAUGUUAUUUAUUAUCAAAGCUAUGAGAACAUCAUAAGGAACACAACUAAAAAAAAUCUGUAUGGAGAUUUGCUUGCAAGCACCUUUGUGAAAUUGUGUCAGAAUAUGCCUGAAAUCUCAUGCAAUAGAGUCAUACUCUCUCCUCACUAUCCAUAAUGUGUUGCAAUAAUAAA